AUGUCACGUGGAAGGAAUCCAGCGCGUAUGCUUGAUGCAGAUAUGAAGGCAGAGAUUCGUGAAGUUUUCGAUAUAUUCGAUGCAGAUAAAAGUGGUACAAUAGACCGCCAUGAACUCAAAGUUGGUCUUCGUGCAAUGGGCUUUGAUAUUACAACUGAAGAAAUCAAUCAGUUAAUGGCAGAAAACGAUCCAAAUGGUCUUGGUUAUCUUGAUGGAAAGGCAUUUGAGAAAGUUAUUCUAUACAAGAUGCAAACACGCGAUGAAAUUGAUGAAAUUAGACGUAUAUUCAAGAUGUUCCAGCGUACAGAAAAGGCCGGAUAUAUCUAUCUUGAUGACUUAAAGACUAUUGUUAAAGAAACUGGAUUAGAAUAUACAGAUGAAGAAUGUCGUGAGAUGUUCGAUGCUUUUGAUACAGAUGGAACUGGCCGCAUUUCAGAGGCACAGUUUAUUGAUAUCAUUGAAGGAGGUACACGCUCUGUUCAUUAA